AUGGGUGUGGGGAUGAUGGAAGGGAUAUCUGGAACAUCUAAAGUACAAUUCUCCCUAGGUGACACAGAGGCAGAAAAUAACAGGGAACUUUCAAAGAAGCCCCAGCCAUCUGAUUCUCGUAGCUUACUCUCUCAGGCAUCUCAAACAUAUGAUACAGCAGAACCUGAGGAUCCUGAGGCCCCUGUUGACCUUGAAGCCUUGGAGGAAGCCGAUCCGGAUGCGCCGUUAGAGAGUUAUUCGAGAGGGCAAUUUGACACCUCCUUACUUUAUAAUUAUGCAAAGCAUGCUGCUAGGCAUGUCUGGCAUGUAGAGGAGCGUGAUUGUUUGAAAAUUAUAAAGCACGACAGGAAGAUAUUGGAGUUUUCACUGCCCACUGAUGCUUGGUUUGGUGAUGUUAUCCGAUAUUAUGGCCUUGCCGGUUUAUGUUCUUCUACGUACGUGACCAUAAACCACGACAUGCAGGUGGCUUUUGCAGAGAGUCUGCAAUCAGAGACAUCAUCUUUCCACAUACCUAUAGGCAAGAUGACCAUCACUUUAGAUGAAGUUCCGUGCCUCCUGCAUCUUCUCAUUAGGGAGAGAUUACUAGACCAUGAGAGGAUCAAGCGAGAAAAAGGGGUCAAUCUGAUGGUCACCUUGUUGGGGGUUGACCCUAGUAAAGAGUCGGAGGAGGCAAAUUGCACUAGAGGUGCGCAUGCACAGUUUAGGUUUUUGGAAAAGCUUUAUAAAGAACAUGUGAAGUGGGGGUCUAGAUGUCGUUGGUGA